GUGUUUCACAAAUGGGCACAAUUAAGUUUACCCAGAAACCCUGCGGCCGGAGCUGUGGGUUUUCUGAAGGUGGAUAUCUCCAUCAUAUUCCGUGGAGACAUCCAGGUGAUGCCAGUUGUCGUCACUGAAGAACGAGUUGAAGACAGUAAUCUACUCCUGCCUACUGGUUCUGAGCAACAGCCUGCUAAUUAUGUGAUCACUAUUUAUGGAGCUUUUGGAAUACCAAGCGGUUCUCACGGCCAAGGUGACAGGCGUUACGGAAAAUUACCAAGUUCCUACGUCAGGGUAUCUUUUUGUGGACUUUCGGCAAAAACUGCAGUCCAGGCUCGUACCAAUCAUCCGACUUAUUGUGAACAGAUAUCUAUAGUUGAGAUGUUCCCAAAUAUGAGUGAAUCGAUCAGACUUGAGGUCUGCUCCGGAGAAGGUUGCUUUAACAGAGUCCUUGCCAGUGCCCAAUUGAAACUAAGUCAGCUGUCGCAUGAUGGAGAAAACGGAUUCCUUCCGACUUUUGGACCUUCUUUACUGCACAUGUAUGGAACUUCGACCUCAGGGGCUCUGGCCGCCAGUGGGGAAGAGGGUCCUUAUCAUCGUGGAGCAAUGCUCGUGUCUUUGAGGACUAUAGUGCCUUAUUAUCAGCAAGGCUUGAAGAGUACCAGCGUGGAACCAGUGGCUCCAUUACAACCGGACACCUUAUGGUUGAUGGAGGAUUUCUGCAUCUUUUGCCCAAUCCUUGAAGUGUCGAUGUUGGAUCGACGCGUUUCUGGAAAGUUCUGUGGAGUGGCGAUCACCGUGGGAGAACUACCCACUGAUGAUCAGGGCGACGAGGAGUUCGUUGCCAUGAUGACAGAGAUAAGGUCUCGCAAACUUUACUACACUGGUUCAUUAGACGUUCUAAAGACGAGACCAGUACAUGGCUACUUAGACUUCGACCACUCCUUCCCUGUCUUACAACUGGCCACAAGACUUCCUGACUUCAGAUUCAGAAUGUACCGAAACAAUAUGGUGUACGGAAUCGUGGCUGAUCUGGAGCAAUCAUUAAAUGAAGUGGAACGCCGGCUUAAGAACUCUGAUUUCGAUUCGUUGAGGGACCUUGCUGAUGACUUGAACAGAGCGGCUGAUGAUGCAGCUGGUAACAUAUUGAAGUUCCUGGACAUCAUUCAGUACUCCAGCCCCAGCAGCAGUUCUGAGAAUACCAUGCUCAAGUAUAGCACUGAACUCGAUUCCAAGCAACUAUCGCUGCAAAAGGAGGAAAUUGAAAAAAUCUAUCAGCAAAUAUCGAAACGGUCACAAAGAUGCGCUUCAACAAUGAGCCUGAUCCAGGCAGUAACGAGGUCUGAAUCUACGAUCAGCACGAAGAAAGACAUCAAGAUAAUGCUCUCCGAUAUUAAAUCGAUAGCCGAAAGUCUGAAAAGUCUUAUUUACAAGACAUCUGAGGGUUGGCCUGAUGUAGUCAUUUGGUUGCUUAAUGGAGGAUCAAGAGUCGCCUUCUAUAGAAUGUCGAUUGCGGAUAUUAUUUACUCUGUAAUCCCUGAACAAAAUGGAAGGAACUGUGGCCGCAUACAGAGCAUCUAUUUAAAGCCUUUGAAAUGCCCAAAACACAUUAAUACAUUGACCUCUGGUUGCUGCUGCAUCGCUGGGAAGGUAGAGCUGAUUAUUUGGAUGGGUUUAUAUCGACAAAUUCAUGCUUUCGACUCCUGCCUACCUAAAGGGUUCAAACUCAAAGUAAAGGAUUACGAUAUGUGCCUCAAAACUGCUACAAUGAUGUUGGAGUGCCGCGUUUUUGUGUACAGAGCAAAAUUGAACAACAACCCCGAUAGGAACAUUAAUUUACAUCCGUUUGUGAGAGUUAAUACUCUGAAUGCAGUUCGAGAGACUAAGAUUCAGCAAAGGACAGUGACUCCAGUUUGGAACCAAGUGCUGAAAAUACAUAAGCUAGUGUCAACGACUAGCGAUCGCGUCACCCACAGCCCUCCGUUGAUGUUGGUUGAAGUGCUGGACAGUGAUCUUUCGGGUAAAAGCGAACUAAUCGGUCGCUCGGAGAUCCAACCAGUGGUAGACGACAGGCAAGACUAUGAAUACGCUCCGAAACUGCAAUGGUAUGAUAUAUACAAAGGAUCUGAGUAUACCGGACAGAUACUCAUGUCCGUACAACUGUUGCAAAUACCGGAAACUUUGAUGAAGAAUACUGUUUAUACACCUGUUGAAGAAACUUACAUCGCUUCAGGGAUUAAAUGUACUGAUAACGAAUCUGAUGAACCAGAGCAGUUGCCCCCUAAUCUUAUACCAAAGUCUAUUACUUACAAAGUUGAUAUCUAUUGGUGGGGAUUACGAGACGUGACCACCACCAGAAAGCCAUGCGUGAUCCUAGAAAUUGAUGAACUGACUAUUAAGUCUGACGUCGUAUGCGACAAGAAAUCAAACUGCAACUUCCCAAACGGCAGAUCUUCACAAACCUUCCAAGCUCCCUUGAACGAGCUUUACUGCCCGCCUUUAAGUAUAAGAUUGUAUGACAGCAGUACCUUUGGAAGGACUCUGUUCUUGGGAACGAACGUCGUGAAGAAUCCCAACAAGUACAUUGUCAGCUGGUUGCCUAAAGUUGAACGGGAGGCGUCCUUGAGGACUGUUUCUAUAACGGCUUCCAGUUUCUUUCAAGAAGAACGUAGCCGGAUGUCUCUUUCAGAAAAGAAAAAAUCUAGUGAUAAUUUCGUUUCAGUCAGCCAAAUCCUUUACAUCAAGAAAAGUUUUACACCAACUAUGGACGAAUUUGGCAGCAAAAACUCUUUAAGAAGUACUCACGAACAAAAAACAAAACGACCUCGAUGGAAACGCAUAUUUUUUAACAAAGAGGCCGACGAAGAAGAGUACGUCCUUCUGCCAAUGUUCUCGAAAGAGAAAAACCAAAUAAAAGUGGUGAAAAAUGGUCUAGAGAACCCUGACAAUAAAGACUGGUGGAUGAAAUACUUUUCCUCGCAAACGGAUGACUUGGAUGAGAUUCCUACAAAUACUGACAAAAUUACAAUUUACUCAUCGGAGUUGGAAGUCCAACCAGAAUUUUCCAAAUUUAAGGAUUGGUGUUCCACUCUUAAGCUGUAUAAUGGUAAGAAGACUGGUAUCCCGGAAAAAGACGAACAAUUGUACUGCGGGUUCCUUAAAGCCGGUAUCGCUAUUUACCGGUGGCCUCCACCAGAAGAUACCAUUGCAGUCAGCUGUAAUGGUGUUGAACUAAACAAUGGGUAUUUUCAUGAUUACCCAAGCAAUGAACCAUCGAAGUUUCUAGUUCGUGUUUAUGUUAUCAAAGGAGUGAACUUAGUGGCAAAGGCUUUUACUGGGAAACUUGAUCCUUAUGUUGCCAUCAGUUGUGGCAAUAAGCAUCUCGGAGAUAGAAAAAGCUACGUGAAAAAUACAUUGAAUCCUGUUUUUGGGAAGAUGUAUGAAUUUCGUUGUACAUUACCUGACGACUAUCUCCUGACCGUCUCCUUAUAUGAUUAUGACGUUAUUCCGCCGGAUGAGCUAAUAGGCUCCACGACAAUCGACUUGGAGGAUAGGAUAUAUAGCAAGCAUAGAGCUAAAGUUGGGUUAGCCACGGAAUACAUCACAUGCGGUCCAAACAAAUGGCGUGAUUGUAAGAAACCCUCAGUAAUCCUCGAAGACUUAUGUGCUAAGAAUCAUCUAGCUCCCCCUAUGUUUCCUGACAAUGCUACGGUGGUGGUCAAUGGUGUUGAAUACAGAGAUAAUGAUAGUAGUGCAAGCCGUAGUUUCCGUUCAGCAUCCGACCGUAAAGAAAACAUUUGUCUAAGCUUGUUGCACAGCUGGCACACGCUCCCAAUCUGCGGAUAUCAUCUCGUACCUGAACACGUUGAGUGUAGAGCCCUGACGAAUUCCGAGAAGAGUGGAUUGGAACAGGGCAAACUCCAAAUGUGGGUCGACAUCUUUCCAUUGGAUGCUGACAUAUACAUACCUCCUGCUGUGGACAUCACUCCGCGCAAGCUUGAAGAUUAUGAGCUGAGAGUAGUCGUGUGGGACGUCCGCGGAGUGAGGCUUGACCACGGCAAGAAAGCCUCCGAUAUUUACGUCAGGGCGUGGGUAGACACGGUGGACCAAGCGCAGUAUACGGAUGUACACUACAGCAGUUUGGCAGGCGAGGGGUGCUUCAAUUGGCGAAUGAUAUUCCACUUCCAAUAUCACCAUGCUGAAAAAAAGCUGGUAAGAAAAGAAAAAGGCCCUUUCACUGAAGUGGAAGAGCAUAUGCCGCCAAUAUUUGUUGUCCAAGUAUUGGAUAGUGACUCACCCUCACAGGAUGACUUCUUAGCGUCCCUUUCAUUUAAUUUAAACUCGAUGCCAAAGGGAGUGAAACAAGCGAACAAAUGCACGGUGGACGAAAUGGAGAGACAUAAGAAGAUUAAUUUGUUCACAACAUUGUCAAUAAGAGCUUGGUGGCCCCUAGUGUAUACCAACCGUAAUACAGGCAUGCAGUCUUCUUCUGGUAUGAUUGAUUUAGAAUUGACUUUGUUACCAAAAGAAAAAGCUCUAUUAAUGCCAGUUGGACUUGGAAGGGAACCACCAGGAGCCUUGCCUGAACCUAUACAAAGGCGCUGUGCGAACGUAGCAAAUUUUAUAUCAAUCAUCGGACGCCGUCUCAAGAAUCCGUGGCGAACGGAAUCGACGACACCCUUAAAGUUUGUGAAAAGCCUCAAGUUUAUUUGGCGAAAGGAGCACACGUUUUUGGUCGUCUCUAUUGCCAUUAUAGCCAGCUUGAUCAUUAUCUGCGUUUUAGUUCUAGAAAUACCCCAAGUCUUCCUCGACUUAAUAUGAAAUUUUCCUCCCCCACACUUCAAAAACGUCGAAAACUUUUUAUCCCCUAUACCAAUGAUGAUGAGUUUGGCAGUCAUUUUUUAAGCUGUAUACAUAAGUUUUAAGAUAAAAAUAGGUACAAUUUUACAAUAUUUAGAUACUUUUGUAAGAUUUUGAACACUGCUGUGUUGUAUGGUGUUUUCUGAUUUGUAUUCUGUGCC